AUGCCGAAAACACACUGUUUCUCAGUGGAAUAUGCCAAGUCGAGCAUGAGCACGUGUCGAGUUUGCAUGGCGAAAAUUGUGAAAGAUUCGCUUCGAGUGGGCCACACCCAGAUGGUGGCCGAGAAUGACAUUACAGCCGGGGGUAAAGAAGUCGAUGCUCAGACAUUGGCGCUUGCCGCUGCAAUGCGAUGGCACCACUUUGAGUGUUUUCCACGAAUGAAAGGUUCCAAAUGGAUGUCUGCAAAUCUGCCUCAAUCAGCCGACCAGCUGGACGGGUUCAAAGCCCUGAAGAAGGCGGAUCAGAAGAAGCUGCGAGAUUUGUGGAAAGGCAUACUAGGCGAGAGCGGCAAAAGUGCCAAGGACUCGGGGAAACGCAAGGCAGAGGCAGGAACCGAAAGCACCGCGAAGGCCGCGAAGAUGAAACGCCCGGCCGCGGCCACGGCGCCGUUGUCCAAACUCACUUCCGUGCAGGGAGUGCUCACUCCAGCACAGUUCAAGAAGAUCCAAGCGCUGGAAGAUCAACUCAGCUCGUGCACUACGGCCGUCUUGAUAGCCGAGCUGCAGAAAAACAAUCAGACAAGAACAGGGAAGAAAGAGGAUCUGGUCUCUCGUGUCGCUGAAGGUCGUGUGCUUGGUUCUUUGCCGGCCUGCCCACGCUGCACGCAUGGCCAGGUCCACUGGAGUCGCUUGGGAGGAUGGUUCAGCUGCCCCGGAUACUUUGACAAGGGAGACAUGCUGCAAAAGCGCUGCUUCUGGCGCUCGAAAGAGCUGAAGCGCAAGGCAUGGAAGCGAACCUAA